CCCCCCCUCCGCCGCCGCCGCGGCGGCGGGGCCCGGCGGCCCGAGCCGUGCAGUCAGAGACCCUUGUGCAUGAAGACAGAUUUGUUCUAUGGCCUCGGAGUUGGGUGCCGGGGACGAUGGCGGCUGCACUGAGCUGGCAAAGCCCCUCUAUCUUCAGUACCUGGAGAGGGCCCUCCGGUUGGACCAUUUCCUGCGACAGACAUCAGCCAUCUUCAACAGGAAUAUUUCUAGUGAUGAAAGUGAAGAUGGACUGGAUGACAGUAAUCCUUUAUUGCCCCAGUCUGGGGAUCCCUUAAUACAAGUUAAGGAAGAACCUCCAAAUUCAUUGCUUGGUGAAACUUCUGGAGCAAGCAGUUCUGGAAUGUUAAACACGUACUCAUUGAAUGGAGUUCUACAGUCAGAAUCAAAAGCUGACAAAGGAAAUUUAUAUAAUUUCUCUAAGUUGAAGAAAAGCAGGAAGUGGCUAAAGAACAUUCUGCUAAGUGAUGAAUCCAGUGAGGCAGAUUCUCAGAGUGAAGACAAUGAUGAAGAAGAGGAAGAAGAGGAAGAAGAAGAGGAGGAGGAAGAACUGAAUCUCAGCAGAGAAGAACUUCAUAACAUGCUGCGGCUGCACAAAUAUAAGAAACUUCACCAGAAUAAAUAUAGUAAAGACAAGGAGUUGCAGCAAUACCAGUACUACAGUGCAGGCCUGCUCUCCACAUAUGACCCUUUCUAUGAGCAACAACGUCACCUACUUGGACCCAAAAAAAAGAAAUUUAAGGAGGAAAAGAAACUUAAAGCCAAGUUAAAAAAAGUGAAGAAAAAAAGGCGAAGGGAUGAAGAACUUUCCUCUGAAGAAUCCCCUCGUCGCCACCACCACCAGACCAAAGUCUUUGCCAAGUUCUCUCAUGAUGCACCUCCUCCUGGCAUCAAGAAGAAGCACUUAUCCAUUGAACAGCUUAAUGCUCGUCGCAGGAAAGUAUGGCUCAGCAUUGUGAAAAAGGAACUACCAAAGGCCAACAAGCAGAAAGCUUCAGCUCGUAACCUGUUUCUCACCAAUAGCCGAAAGCUUGCCCACCAGUGCAUGAAGGAGGUACGUCGAGCUGCCUUGCAGGCCCAGAAGAACUGUAAGGAGACCUUGCCUCGUGCCCGCCGCCUUACCAAGGAGAUGCUUCUGUACUGGAAGAAGUACGAGAAGGUGGAGAAGGAACACCGCAAGCGGGCUGAAAAGGAAGCCUUGGAGCAACGGAAGUUGGAUGAGGAAAUGCGGGAGGCCAAGAGGCAACAGCGAAAACUGAACUUCCUAAUCACCCAGACAGAGUUGUAUGCCCAUUUUAUGAGUCGCAAACGAGACAUGGGUCAUGAUGGGAUCCAGGAGGAAAUCCUAAGGAAACUGGAAGACAGUUCUACCCAGAGACAAAUUGACAUUGGUGGAGGGGUGGUAGUUAACAUCACACAGGAGGAUUAUGAUAGUAACCAUUUCAAAGCCCAGGCCCUGAAGAAUGCUGAAAAUGCUUACCAUAUUCAUCAAGCUCGGACAAGGUCUUUUGAUGAAGAUGCAAAAGAAAGUCGAGCAGCUGCCCUACGGGCAGCAAACAAGUCUGGCAGUGGGUUUGGGGAGAGUUACAGCCUGGCAAAUCCAUCUAUCCGGGCUGGUGAGGAUAUUCCACAGCCCACAAUUUUUAAUGGCAAAUUAAAAGGUUAUCAACUGAAAGGCAUGAAUUGGUUAGCAAAUCUCUAUGAACAGGGUAUUAAUGGCAUUCUUGCAGAUGAAAUGGGCCUUGGUAAAACAGUACAGAGCAUUGCCCUCCUUGCCCAUCUGGCUGAGAGAGAGAACAUUUGGGGACCUUUCUUAAUAAUUUCACCUGCUUCUACGCUUAAUAAUUGGCAUCAGGAGUUUACUAGAUUUGUUCCUAAAUUCAAGGUGCUACCAUAUUGGGGAAAUCCUCAUGAUAGAAAAGUCAUAAGGAGAUUCUGGAGUCAGAAGACCCUUUACACUCAGGAUGCUCCCUUCCACGUGGUUAUCACCAGCUACCAGCUGGUGGUGCAGGAUGUAAAGUAUUUCCAGCGGGUCAAGUGGCAGUACAUGGUACUGGACGAGGCUCAGGCACUCAAGAGUAGUUCCAGUGUUCGUUGGAAGAUCCUCUUGCAGUUCCAGUGUCGGAAUCGGCUUCUGCUAACUGGGACCCCCAUUCAGAACACCAUGGCAGAGCUCUGGGCUCUGCUGCAUUUCAUUAUGCCAACAUUAUUUGAUUCACAUGAGGAAUUUAAUGAGUGGUUUUCCAAGGACAUUGAGAGCCAUGCCGAAAACAAAUCUGCCAUUGAUGAGAAUCAACUCUCUCGCUUACACAUGAUCUUGAAGCCAUUUAUGCUGAGGAGAAUCAAGAAAGAUGUAGAAAAUGAAUUGUCUGACAAGAUUGAGAUUCUAAUGUAUUGCCAACUGACCAGUCGACAAAAGCUACUCUAUCAGGCACUAAAGAACAAAAUUUCUAUUGAGGAUUUAUUGCAAUCUUCUAUGGGCUCUACCCAGCAAGCACAGACCACCACCAGCAGCCUCAUGAAUCUGGUCAUGCAGUUUAGAAAGGUGUGUAAUCACCCAGAGUUAUUUGAACGACAAGAAACUUGGUCUCCAUUUCAUAUUUCCCUAAAGCCAUACCAGAUUUCAAAAUUUAUCUACCAUCACGGACAGAUCAGGGUCUUCAACCAUUCACGAGACAGGUGGUUAAGGGUUCUUCUUUCUCCAUUUGCACCAGACUAUAUCCAACAGUCUCUCUUUCACAGAAAAGGUGUUAAUGAAGAAAGCUGUUUUUCUUUCCUUCGCUUUAUUGAUGUAUCGCCAGCAGAAAUGGCAAACCUCAUGCUUCAGGGACUUUUGGCCAGAUGGUUAGCUCUUUUCCUGUCUCUGAAAGCCUCCUACAGGCUCCAUCAGCUGCGCUCCUGGGGAGAGCCAGAAGGGGAGAGCCAGCAGAGAUAUCUGAGCAACAAGGAUUUCCUUCUGGGAGUUAAUUUUCCACUCUCCUUUCCCAACCUUUGCAGCUGCCCUUUGUUAAAGUCUCUGGUUUUCAGCAGCCACUGUAAAGCAGUGAGUGGCUACUCAGACCAGGUCAUCCAUCAGCGGAGAUCAGCUACCUCCUCGCUUCGUUGCUGCCUGCUCACUGAGCUACCAUCUUUUUUGUGUGUGGCCAGUCCACGAGUCACCGCAGUGCCAUUGGAUUCUUACUGCAAUGACCGAAGUGCAGAGUAUGAGCGGCGAGUGCUGAAGGAAGGAGGGAGUCUGGCAGCCAAGCAGUGUUUGUUGAAUGGGGCCCCUGAACUGGCAGCAGACUGGCUAAAUCAACGGUCCCAGUUCUUCCCAGAGCCAGCUGGAGGACUGUGGAGCAUCAGGCCUCAGAAUGGCUGGUCUUUCAUCAGGAUUCCAGGCAAGGAGAGCCUCAUCACUGACAGUGGAAAGCUGUAUGCCCUUGAUGUCCUGCUGACUCGGCUCAAGUCUCAAGGACAUAGGGUCCUUAUCUACUCCCAGAUGACCAGGAUGAUAGACCUACUGGAGGAAUAUAUGGUUUACAGGAAGCAUACCUAUAUGAGGCUUGAUGGCUCAUCCAAGAUCUCGGAAAGGCGGGACAUGGUUGCUGAUUUUCAGAACAGGAAUGACAUCUUUGUGUUCCUGCUAAGCACCCGAGCUGGAGGACUGGGUAUCAAUCUCACUGCUGCAGAUACAGUGAUUUUUUAUGAUAGCGACUGGAACCCCACUGUAGACCAGCAGGCCAUGGACAGAGCCCACCGCUUGGGGCAGACAAAGCAGGUUACCGUGUACCGGCUCAUCUGUAAAGGCACCAUUGAAGAACGCAUUCUACAGAGAGCUAAGGAGAAGAGUGAGAUUCAGCGGAUGGUGAUUUCUGGUGGGAACUUCAAACCAGAUACCUUGAAACCAAAAGAGGUGGUUAGUCUUCUUCUAGACGAUGAAGAAUUGGAAAAGAAACUACGAUUGCGGCAAGAAGAGAAACGGCAGCAGGAAGAAACCAACCGAGUCAAAGAGCGCAAGCGCAAGCGGGAAAAGUAUGCGGAGAAGAAAAAAAAAGAAGAUGAAUUGGAUGGGAAAAGGAGAAAGGAGGGUAUGAACUUGGUGAUCCCAUUUGUUCCCUCGGCUGAUAACUCCAACCUCUCUGCUGAUGGGGACGAUUCCUUCAUUAGCGUGGACUCAGCUAUGCCCAGCCCUUUCAGUGAGAUCUCCAUCAGCAGUGAGCUGCACACUGGCUCCAUUCCGCCUGACGAGAGCAGUAGUGACAUGCUGGUCAUUGUGGAUGACCCAGCCUCUUCAGCCCCGCAGUCUCGAGCCACCAACUCUCCCGCUUCCAUCACAGGCUCUGUCUCGGACACCGUGAACGGAAUUUCCAUCCAGGAAAUGCCAACCGCAGGACGUGGUCACUCAGCCCGAAGCCGAGGCCGCCCCAAAGGUUCGGGAAGCACAGCCAAAGGAGCAGCGAAAGGCCGGAGCAGGAAAUCCACCGCGGGCAGUGCAGCGGCCAUGGCGGGGGCCAAAGCCGGGGCUGCGGCAGCGUCCGCGGCCGCCUUCGCUGCAUACGGGUACAACGUGUCUAAAGUUCAGGGUCUUUGGUGCUGGAGCCUGUUCCGGCAGCUCAGAGCGCAAGGAAAACCCAACCCUGGACAGGAUGCCCGUCACAGGGCGCACUCAGCCCCCCACUCACUCAGUGCGGGACAACUUAGACCCACCCGUUCCGACACGCACGUCUUUGGGAUGUGGGGAAACCAGAGUACCCCGAGAAGCCACGCCGACAUGGGAGAACAUGCAAACUACACAGACAGUGGCCCCGCCGGGAAUCUUCUUUUCCUCUUCAACCUUAUAAUGAGACAUCUUUGCUCGAGGACCUGCUAUAUGCUAUAAAACAUACUGCGACAGGAAUUCAGUAUUCUCAAGGUUAGCUGUGCUUGUAAGAAUCACGAAAGAAAACAGUGAAAUAGGUUACUGGGAAUUCCAAAGACAUCCAGGCUUUGAAAACAGCUCUCUGAUCAGUUGGAAAGAGUGAGUUCCCAGCCUGGACAGGCAGUUGGUGUUUCUCUGAGCUAACACACUGGCAUGCUCUUGCAUCACCUGUGAGCAGGGCUCACACUGUUCCCAAGUUUGCUGGCAGUGGCCUCCCGAGCUUUGGCUCACCCUGCACACCCGGGAGAGGUGGGCUGGCUCUUGGGCACCUGCUGCUCCCAGUCACAAGGCCCGGCCUUCUCAUUUUGUUGAUCUCCAGUGGCACUGUCAGGUACACUGGGUCUUGUUCUUGCUGGCAAACUUGACCAAGGCCUCACACAGAACAAACCCGUGUCAGUUUCCCAACUCACUUUGCCCUACUGUCAUCACCACUGUGGCUUCCAGUCAACAAGCCCACUAGGAUGGGUUCUCUUCAAUUACUACUCAGCAAGGCCCCUGACAAUCCUGCCAGAGUCUUGCCGAGGCCGCACGGCCGCCUCUGGGGAUCUGGCAGCUCUGAGAUCCCUGCAUGGCUUUGCCCAGACGUGAUAGGCUAGUGCUCUCCAGAAAAGCGUGUUAAGUUUUGGAUCAGAGCCUUCCAUUCUCCUCUGACCCCAAACAUAGGACCAUACUCCCCUUUCAGCCAUUUUCAAUUCAAUCCCUGAAGAAACAGCCAACAGCCUUAAUGUGCCUUCUCACCUGUCCCUCCCUUACCUGAGGGUAGGGGGAUGGAACUUGAAUCUUAAAAGUGAAGGUUUCAAACUCUAACAAUUUCCAGUCCCGAAGUUACGAUUCAUGCCCUGUCUACCCCACUUUCUGAAGACUUGUCCAUCUCCCAUGUGAGAGCUAGUUUACCUUAUGAACCAGGGGGCCAGCCCCUUAACAUACAGAAAAGCUGGGAGGCCUCCCACCCAGCUACAAGAAGACACGUCCUAGAGUGCAGGUGUGGGCUCCAUCACAGUGAGGGCCGACCCUUCAGCCACAGGCUCACCUUGCCACGGGAGCCAGCUCUGGGAGUCCCAGGUCAGGGGGUUUGAAGAGUGUGGAUCUGUCGGAGCAGUCCUGGAAAUGCAGGGCCUGCACUAGGCUUACUAUCAAUUUCUGUGCCUAGAGCUUUGUUGAAGCACCCAGGACUCUGGAGACCCACCUGGGACUUACAUGGGUCUCUCUGGUCCUGAGGGUUGGGCUGGGCAAGGAGGCUGGUAGUCCGCACUGAGCAAUGAGCUGGGUUUUUCUGUGCAGCCUUGCCCUGGUGUCUGCCAGCCUGUUCCAUCCAGAAAGCCUCACUGCUGGCUUUCAGAUGCAGUCCACACACCCUUGCUUUGGUCCCUCACAGCAUAUCACCUGCCAUUAGAAACAGUUCCUUAGCUCCCGAGGCCCUGGCUGGUGCGGCUCAGUUGGUUGAGCAUCGUCCCAUACACCAAGAGGUUGCCAGUUCAAUUCCAGGUCAGGGGACAUGCCCAGGCUCCAUCUCCAGCAGGGGACGGGCAGGAGGCA